AUGUUCAGCCCCAGAUGAUUGUCGUAACGGCAGCACCGCCGCAGAACAGUGGCUAAUAAUUCACCCACACCCACUCUGUUUAAUUUAGCAACAUUGCAUAAAGUCAGACGUGUCCUUGCAGUUCACUGACAUUUCUUGUACAUACUGAUUUAAUUUGCAGUCAUGUUCAGUGAAGUUUGGCUGUACUUGUUGUAUUUUCAUGCUUUUGUUCAGCAGAUUUUUGCUCCCUGCAAGUAUCGUGAGCAGCUGGCUGUGAACUCGCUCGACCUGCACCAGUUCGCGGGGAAAUGGUUCUUCAAGGCGGCUGUCAGCCUCAGGGACUCAGACAUCAACAAGUUCAGGAUGUUUGACAACAUCGUCUUCACCAUACAGGACACGUCCAACUCCACUCUGGUCCUGACCGGAAGCAUGCGGAUGGGAGACGCCUGCAUAAAGAAGAACUGGACGUAUCAUGUGCAGCCGGGGAGGGAUGACCUGCUGCUGGAAGGGAGGCCACAGCGCCGUAAUCUGCUGUGGAGCGGCAUGUGGGCCAACUGCAGCGACUGCAUCGUUUUCCAGGAACUAGAGCCGCCUCUGAACGAGACCGACUCUGAGGAUUCACUCAACAGAUUCCUGCUGUACAGUCGGCAGAAGGACGUCGACUCGGAGAUGUUGACGACGUUUCUUAGGAACUCGGCUUGCAAUGGCCUGACAGCGAGCGUCACACUGCCGCAUGAGAAAGAGUUUUGCAUCUAGACGUGAGAGUCGAAGGAUGCUUUGGGAGAUCUUGGAUCUUUGUAACUGCGAUCAUUUUGUCUCUCCUGCGCAACACUAAAGUGAACCAGAUGGCCUCAGAAAGUUGCUAUGAUUUUGUUAAACGCAGCAAAGCCAAACCCAUCCAGAGGUUUUACUUUCAGAGCUGCAGCUGCUGAGGCGGGAAGACCCGACAGAAUCCACCAUCAAUAAAAACCCAGGAAAUCCCAGCAGUCAGAAAUACCCGAUCACCUGCGCAGGAAGGAGCAGUUUGUGUUCUCAGAUAAAUAUUUUAGUUUAUUCUUUUGAGAAGAAUAAACUAAUGUGACGCUGUGACUCAAUGUGAAUAUUUCCUUCACAUUUCUCUGAAUAAACAAAGUUUCAUCUGGA